CCGUACCGCCAAGAGGCUCAUCUUCCGAUGGAACAAAGCGGACGAUUAGUCCCUCUCCCUUAUCUAAACCCGCUACGAUGGCAAAUGAGCAGACCGGAGAUGCUGCCGCAGCGGCUGCAGCGCCCUCGACCAAGACUGUAGAGUCGCCGGCGGCGAAGCAGCUCGCAACCAUUAACGAGAAGGCCAUUAAAGGAAAGACCAAGACUUCCAGGCUUCGUCGGGCAUUUUCAUUUGGAAGCGCAGCUGAAUUCCGAAAGGCUGCUGGUGGCAUCGAUGGUGAAGGGCCUGAUAGAGUGGAAGCAGCCAGGCUUCGUAAAGACCCUACGGCUGAAGAGGUCUAUGAUGCCGAGCAAGCACGAAUCGCUGAAGCACAAGAAGCUGCCGGUAUUGGCAAUAGCAUCUAUGGCGGUCGCUUCUUUGGCGGGUCGACGGAUAACCUGUCUAUCUCAUCGACUGCUUCAUCUGCCUCUAUAAUGAUCAGGAAGAUGGGUCGUGGUAUGAAAAAGAGCACCCGCUCGCUGGUUGGACUCUUCCGACCGAAGUCGGUCGUGGGUGUGCCCGCGGCUGAUGGUCCCGUUACCGAAGGCCAGGCUUCCGUAUCCAUGAUUACCGUGGAGGCAGAGACCCGACGUGUCAAUGUAACUGCGGACCCCCAGGACGGCAAGGGCGGCACUGGAUUCCCUCGCCUUGAGCGCAACUCUCUAGACGCCACACAGAUCCCUGAAAUUGGAGCGGAGCGUCUAGGCAGUGCAGGCACAGACAACUCUGCGCGGAAGAGCAUUGUGGGUGGCGAUAAAGAGCGCGCAGAGGUGCUGGCGGCGGUUCGUAAGGGCAUCCUGAAGCGUUCUUCGAGUCCAUCAAUCCGCCCAUCGGAUUCGCCGGAUCUUGUCCUGCCAAACAUCCCGGCCGUCACAGACUCACCCAACUCAAGCGCACCGAGCACACCAAACGAUGACCACAAGAGAACUGGUUCCAUUGCCAUUGGCACCGAGGACUAUUUCACGGGUGCUUUCCGGCUUGGAAAGAGUCGGCCCGGAACACCCCAGACUGUCCCAAAGAGGAAUGCCACAUUUUCACCACGCCUCAUCUUCCACGACACUUGGCCCAGCCAAGAGUAUGACCGCCGCGGCGAGAUUGCCACGUGCAACCGGCUCACGCCAAUGCUAGCUCAGCAGAUCAAGGAAGAGCUAAACAGCUUCAAAAUGGAAAUGGAAGUCCACGAGAACUCCAAGAUUUACACGCAUUUCUUCUGAUGAUAUUAUCCGAUGGACGAAAUCUUGAAAGCUGAUAUUUUUUUUCUCCCUUUACUACUAUGGGUUUUCAAAACCCUAACCAUGUAUUUCUUCACUUUUAUCAUUUGCGGCGUUUAGGGACAGCAUAGUAAGGUGUCAUGGGCGUUUUGUCACACUGCCUCACUACAUGUCAUGGUUUUUUUUAGCCCCUCAAAGACUCAUACAUCUCAUUAAUAUUCAGUUGGACUCGUGGGCACGAGAAUUGAGCCAUUGGGGAUGUGGGAGGAGCCGGGAUCGGAUGGUCUCGUCUGUUGUCAUUGAAAGAUGAGGAACUCCUCGUUACAGCUUAUGGUUCAGCCGUGUGGAUAGAAGAGCAGCAAACGUUGUUAGACGAUGCGAUGCCACGUUGGCGCAAGACGAGCACUCAGGCUUGACUGUUGAGGGGAGCACGUUUAGAUAUGGCAACUCAACCGAUUGGAAGAUGAAAUAUAGGCCGGCAACUUGUGUCUUUUUUCUCUGUUGUUUCAUUUAAGCUUGUCUCUAUAGCCGGAUUUAGUCUAUGGGCGUGAUGUGUCUGGUAUCUCUUUUUUACAACAAAUAAGAGCGUUGACUAUUCUUAAUCAAUCCUUGCCUCACGGGCUUUUAAUUAUUAUAUACUUGCCAAGAGUGGGCGAAUACCACUCUUUGCGCAUUUUGCAUAG